GCGGGCGAGCGCGCCCUCGCCCCAGCCCCGCGCCCCAGCCCUGCCCGGCGAGGAAGGACCGGGAAGAUGAACAACGGCGGCAAAGCCGAGAAGGAGAACACCCCGAGCGAGGCCAACCUUCAGGAGGAAGAGGUCCGGACCCUAUUUGUCAGUGGUCUCCCUCUGGAUAUCAAACCUCGGGAACUCUACCUGCUUUUCAGACCAUUUAAGGGCUACGAGGGUUCUCUUAUAAAGCUCACAUCUAAGCAGCCCGUAGGUUUUGUCAGUUUUGACAGUCGUUCAGAAGCAGAAGCUGCAAAGAAUGCUUUGAAUGGCAUCCGCUUCGAUCCUGAAAUUCCGCAAACACUACGACUAGAGUUUGCUAAGGCAAACACGAAGAUGGCCAAGAACAAAUUAGUAGGGACUCCAAACCCCAGUACUCCUCUUCCCAACACUGUACCUCAGUUCAUUGCCAGAGAGCCAUACGAGCUCACAGUGCCUGCACUUUACCCCAGUAGCCCUGAAGUGUGGGCCCCGUACCCUCUGUACCCAGCGGAGUUAGCGCCUGCUCUACCUCCUCCUGCUUUCACCUAUCCCGCUUCACUGCAUGCCCAGAUGCGCUGGCUCCCUCCCUCCGAGGCUACUUCUCAGGGCUGGAAGUCCCGUCAGUUCUGCUGAAUACUACGUUCCAGGUGUGUGAUGGUGGCUGCAAUCUGUCUUGUGGGUAUUAAUGCAAUCUUCAGUGAUGGCUACUGUUCUCGAGCUGUUCUGCAAAACUGGAGCGUGCUGGGACUGAAAUAGCCACAUUCUGACCUUCUGUUCAGUCUGGGAACCUCUAUGGCCAUGUGGACGCAUUCUUUUCCCAUGUGAGAGUUCUAUCUACAGAGCGCAGUUACGGCAAAGCUCGGGAAACCAUCCGCUCUCGUCCCCCCUUCUCUCUCCACUCCUCUCUCCACGGUUUCCACUUCAAAGCCUUUCUGAUCAGCCACAGUUGGCCAGCCUCAUGCACCUUGCUCCCUGCUCUGGAGUCCAGGGAAGGGGACAGGGUACUGGGAGGUCAGGGGGGCUGCUGAGGGUGCCCCAGGCUCAGCCAGGGGCCUUAUUCAGACUAUGGAACCGAGCCUCGGUGCCAUGUGCCCCGGGCUGUCCGUGGCCCCCAUUUCCACUACUGCCCCAGGGUGCAGCAGGGUGCAGGUGUCGGAAUUUCUGCUACACGCAAGGGACUGUGUCUGGGCUGGAGAAUGUAGCGUGAGGGACAAAAGUCGUCCAAGAUGCUCCUUGGGACACCCAAAUGGUGGCCUGACCGGGGAGGACUCUUGGCUGGGGCUCAGGGUUUGCAGGAACAGGAGGAGGAAGGGUAUGUACCGGCGUCGCGGCGAAAGUGGAUCAUGACCAAGCCGCUGGGUCCAAGUCCAGGUGCGGCAAAAAGAUGCCGCUCAGGAGUGGGCCCGUGGUCCGCCCCCGCUCAGAGCAUCUCGGCUGUGCGGCGCCUGCUGGGACGCACUGUGCAUGGGUCCGGGGCACCUGCCAGGCCGACCGGGACCCUGUCCUUAGCCGGGCACCAGGGGGAGGCAACACAGUCCGAGGGGAGAUUCCCAGGCGGAAUCUCUGUCCUGGCAUUUCAGAGAGCUCUGCUGAGAGUGAGUCACCGGGGUGCUGUGUGCACCGGGCCUCCCUGACCUUGACCUGGGAGCGCGUCUCCCACCCCGGGGCACGCUGGGCCUCGCUAGAAGCAGCAGAGUUAAACUGAUGAGCUAGCGAAUAGUGGCAACAAGCUCAAGGGACCGGUUAAGUGUCACUAACAUCACAGGUGAGACUCUGAAUGUCCAGAUCCUGUGCUCGAAAGCGCACCCCAGUUUCUCCCGAGGCAGAGUGUUCCAUGAACCAUAGGUUUGUGGUGAUGAUACUGAAUCUUCCGACUCGUGGUCCGAUCUUUCUGCUGCGCCUGCUCACAGGCUGUGCCACGGUGUAGCGGGUCAUAGCAGUAGCGCAGGCCUGGCUUAGGAGGAGGAUUUCCCAACAUCGUCCCGUUUGUGAUGUUCCGGACUGUUCACGGGAGGUGUCUCACCUCGGGAUUCACGGCUAAAUACACAUCGUCCCAAAUAAGGCUCACUUGGGAUAGUUAGAUGGGUGUUACUAACGCCGUCUUCAUAGCUUCCUCCCGCGCCCAAAUAAGCACUGCCCUGCACAGAAUUCUAGUGCCUGCCGUUACUCCUGCCGAGACCUUUCCACACCUUUAUGAGUCCAGCGUGUUGGUAAGACGGCAGGAAAACAGGGACAGAAGAACAGUAGAGGUUCACUGUGCAGCCUUGAUUAGGAAAACCGUAGAACCACACUGGGACCGCGCACGUGGCAGGAAAAAUCUCAGGGAGGAGUCAGAGGCUUGUUUUGUUUGCCACCAAGCAAAACACACGUGAGCACUUCCUUGCAGAUGCCAGGAAGCAGCUCUUGAAAUGUCUGUGGCGAGAAAGAAAUACAUACACUGCCCGUGUGUCCACGGUGAGAACCCUGCUCCCAGGAGGGGUCUCUGGAGGGUCAGUCGGUGCGUCCUACAGGCGUCCACGCAUCCUGCUGGGUUAGGGAAGCUCCCAGCCGCUCCCCGGGAGGUGAGCUCUCCCCUCACACAUUCUCUUUCUGUUUCAGGCUUGAAAACACCUUGCCCAGUUUUGGUCCCUUCAAGACUUUGCCACAGCCUCUAUCACACAUCUGUUUUUCUCGAAGAAAAAAUAUAAUAAAAAUGUUUUACUCUUUUACACUGUAUAA